UUACGCCCUUCUCGGCCGCCGUAGGCCAAACUAGGGUUUCGGUGAGGCUCCAGAAGUACGCUCGCGCUUCACGGAAGUGCAACGUUCAGGUUGUUCUUAUGGGUCAGAAGAAAAUCAGAACCUGUACAGUUUAGUGAUCAGAAAAGCAUACAUGUAUGAGCAGUCAUUGUCGCAGACAGAAACAGACUGUUGCCAGCAUUCAAGUAGUAUUUUCUGAGCAUUUUUUCCAUCCUCUACCAAAGGUCCUCACUUCUCAGGAGCAAAAGAAUCGUAUAAAAGAAGAGGAAUCUACAGGAUUGGGGUGUCAGCGUUAGAGCAGAAGACACCAAGACAGGAUCCCAGUGGCCAGCAAUUUUCUGAAAAAAGAAGAAAAUGAUCCAGGCCCAGGAGUCACUGACCCUGGAGGAUGUGGCUGUGAGGUUCACCCGGGAGGAGUGGCAGCUCCUGGGCCCUGCUCAGAAGGACCUGUACCGGGACGUGAUGCUGGAGAACUACAGCAGCCUGGUGUCAGUGGGGUAUCAAGCCAGCCAGCCAGAUUCCCUCUCCAGCUUGCUUUGUGGAGAACCAUGGAUGGUGGAGGAUGAACUGCACUGUGGAACCCAUUCAGACAUCUGGAAGGCUGUUGAUGAUCUGCCAAGGCAUUUACAAAACAAAAGCAAGGUGAACAGGUUGGAAGAGUGGCGUGAACACAAUACAUUUGAAAAUGUUCAACAGAGCAAAACUCAAUUUCUUUUGAGGCAAAAUCAUGACAUAUUUAACUUACAUGGAAAAAGUAUGAAGUCAGAUUUAACUUUGGUUAACCAGAGCAAAAGCUGUGAAAUAAAGAAUCCCAUGGCAUUCCCCAGACGUGAGGAAUCCUUUUUCCCUGCUAACUGUGAAAAACUUCAUACUGAAAUUUUAUUUCCUGCAAGUCAAAAACACAUCAGCAUUAAAUCUCAGUUCAGUAGCCGCAAGCCUAAGAAAACUCAGAAAGUAGAGAAACGUCAUGUAUGCAGUGAAUGCGGGAAAGCCUUUGUCAAGAAGUCUUGGCUCACUGAUCACGAGAUCAUCCAUACUGGGGAGAAACCCCAUCGAUGUGGUCUGUGUGGGAAAGCCUUCUCCAGAAAGUUCAUGCUCACUGAACACCACAGAACUCAUACAGGAGAAAAACCUUACGCAUGCACUGAGUGUGGCAAAGCCUUUCUCAAGAAAUCACGACUCAGCAUACAUCAGAAAACUCAUACAGGAGAGAAACAGUAUAUAUGCAGUGAGUGUGGAAAGAGCUUCAUCCAGAAAGGAAAUCUCAUUGUACAUCAGCGAAUUCAUACAGGCGAGAAACCUUAUAUAUGCAGUGAAUGUGGAAAAGGCUUUAUCCAAAAGACCUGCCUCAUAGCACAUCAGAGGUUUCAUACUGGGAAGACUCCCUUUGUGUGCAGUGAAUGUGGAAAAUCCUGUUCACAGAGGUCGGGUCUCAUUAAACAUCAAAGGAUUCACACAGGGGAGAAACCCUUUGUAUGUAGUGACUGUGGGAAAGCCUUCACCACAAAGCAAAAGCUCAUUGUUCAUCAAAGAACUCAUACAGGAGAGAAACCCUAUGGCUGCAAUGACUGUGGGAAAGCUUUUGCGUACAUGUCUUGCCUGGUGAAGCAUAAGAAAAUACACACAAGGGAAAAGCAGAGACAUACAAUGAGGUCGGAAAAACCUGCUGAGAGUGACAGCUCGUUAUAUAUUGGUGGCGUCAUACAGGAGACAAACCCGGUUAGCACAGUGAUUACCCAAGUGCCUUCUGUGGCCUCUCAGUCAGCACUGAACAUCAGUGGCCUAGCAAAUAGGAAUGUAGUCCUUAUGGGACAGCCGGUGGCCAGAUGUGUGUCGUUAGGAGACAACCGAGAAUUUACACAGGAUAGAGACCUCGUGAAUGCAGUGAAUAUGGUUGUGCCUUCAGUCAUCAAUUAUGUCUUAUUUUAUGUCACAGAAAACCCAUAGGAAAAUACUCAGAUACAUUCUGUGUGGAAAAGCAUUGAGCAGAAAUUUCUAGUUCUUUAUAUGGCUGGAAAACAUAUACUGGGAGAAACUAUAUCCAUGCAGAGGCUAGGAAAGCCUAAUAAAUGCAUCCUAUCUAAAGGUUGCAUUGUUACGCAGGCAUAGUCUAAGGUUCAGCACCCAAACAAUACCCAGUAGUUGCUAUCAUGUUCAUUAAAUGAGUGAAGGAAGCCUGAAUUCAUUUAAAUGGAGGAAAUAAGUAUUUCAGGGUUUAAAAUGGUAUCUGGAAUGAAAAAACACACGAAAUAUGGUUGUCAAAGGGUUAACAUUGGGCUGGUAACAUGUGGAGCACAGCUGUGUCAAUUUUGUUUUCCCAGUCCAGUGUGAAGGAUUAACUGAAAACCAGAGUGUGUACUAAACUUGUAGAGCUUUUUUUUUUUGGAGACAGAGUUGCUCUGUAGUUCAGGCUGGCCUCAAACUCAGCAGUCCUGGUGCCUCAGCCUUCUGAGUGCUGGGAUUACAGGCUUCUGCCACCACACCCAGCAAACUUCUAGAAUUUUCCAAUAUAUAAAGGCACCUAUGAACAGCCUUCCACCGAGUCAGUUUUUUCAUCCAACAAGUAUUUGACAAAUGCUUUCUUUGUACCCAGUCCUGUUCUAGGAGCUUAGGUUACAGUGGUGAACAAAACAAAACGUCCGUGGUCUUCUGGAGAGAAUACUGACUGCUGGAUUCUGUUUAAGUCCUAUCAGUACACUCCCACCAGUCUUCAGCAGAGGAUAUAAACAUCUACAGUAGGUGAAAUGGAUGUGAGUUAAGCAGUUCAAAGGGAUAUAUAUACGAUGGUUUAUUGUUCAAGGAGCAUAUUGUUUUGAGGAAUGGGGAAGAUUUGCUUAGAAUUAUAUUUAAACACCUUAGAGCACAAAUAAAGGUAUGUUUUUUCAUGCCCACACCUUAUCUUUCCAAGAGAUUACAAAUUACAUGAUAAUUUUUGUGGUGUAUCUACUUAAUUUUUUUUUAAUUUCAAUGCAAAAUUAGAAAUCCAAUUCCUCAUUUGCACAAGCCACAUUUCAAGUACACAGCAGCCAUAUGUGAGUAGUAGCUGUUGGAAAUAAGCCCUACCCAGACUCAAUUUGUCGGUGCAGAAAUAAAUCCCUCAGACACCAAGAAA